ACCAACACAUCCGCACCACCAUCACCGAGCAUCAUGUCUAGGAAGGUGGGUGCUCAUCAACAUAAACAGGCUUCUCAGCAGAUCCCCUCUUUGGUGGAGCUGGAUGAGGUUGACCUGGAGGAAAAUGAAGCGCAGGUCAACAUUAACCCACUUCCUGGGCUGACAGGGGCGGUUGCAAGACUCAUGGUCGGCCUUAGGGAGGAUGACGUGGAGACUCAGUUUGGAAAGGUCCACUGCACUCUGAAGGGGGUUCCCAAGGGCAACUGCCCCGUCAUCAUGACCUUCCACGAUAUUGGACUGAACUACAAGUCGUGCUUCAACCCCCUGUUCAGCCACGAGGACAUGCAGGAGAUCAUGAGGCACUUUGCCGUGUGCCACGUCGAUGCCCCUGGGCAGCAUGAGGGUGCUUCCACUCUCUCCACCGAGUACACCUACCCCUCUAUGGACCAGCUCUCUGAGACUCUCCCUCAGGUCCUCAAGCACUUUCGGUUUAAGAGUGUCAUUGGACUGGGCAGUGGUGCUGGUGCCUACACCCUCGCGAAAUUCGCUCUGAACCAUCCAGAGAAGGUUGAGGGACUUGUCCUCAUCAACAUCAAUGCACGUGCUGAGAGCGUGAUAGAUUCACUUACACACAAGAUGACUGGCUGGAUCACAGCACUACCUGAUCAUGUUCUAAACCACAUGUUUGGAAAGGAGGAGAUCCAGAACAACCCUGAUCUGAUCGCCACAUACCGCAACCACAUCACCAAUGAUGUCAACCAGUCCAACCUGGCCCAGUUCCUCAAGUCCUACCAGAGCCGCAGGGACCUAGAGAUCGAGAGGCCUGUCCCGGGGGGAAACCUUAACGUCAGGACUCUGAAGUGCCCUGCACUGCUGGUGGUGGGAGACAGCUCCCCUGCAGUCGAGGCUGUGGUCGAGAGCAACGCAAAGCUCAACCCAACACAGACAACACUGCUCAAGAUGGCUGACUGUGGAGGACUUCCCCAGGUGAGCCAGCCUGGCAAACUGACAGAGGCCUUCAAGUACUUCAUCCAGGGCAUGGGUUACAUGUCCUCGGCCAGCAUGACCAGACUGGUGAGGUCCCGUACUGCCUCAGGCUCCAGCAUCGCCUCCUGCGACAGCAACAGGAGCCACUCUCAUAGCAACGACAACCAGCCCGCCCGGCCUCACACCGACGUGUCCGUGGAGAGUGUCUCCAACAGCACCGUGGAUCAGACCGUUGUCAUGUCCAGCAGCAAGACUGAGGACACCUGCUAGUGCCUUUGGUCACUGAAAGGUCCUAGGUUGUGUCCCAAAUGGCACCCUAUUUCCUAUAUAGUGCGCUACUUUUGACGUCAAAAAGUAGUGCAUUAUGUGGGAAAUAGGAUGCCAUUUGGGACGCAGCCCCUGUGUCCCUAACCUCAUAACCCCUGUCCAUUCCCUACUGCCUGUGUUGCUGCUGACAAUAAACCUCAUAACCCCUGUCCUGUCCUGUCCAUUCCCUACCCUACUGCCUGUGUUGCUGCUGACAAUAAACCACAACAUGCUACUAUGAUAGAGGACAGUAUCUAUGCUCUGUUCUCACUGCAUUGUGGGUAAUAGAGUUUAUACCCAAUGGUUGCCAUACUGUAUGUAAUUUGGGUGAUAUGUAAUCUGUAUGGAUGUUCCUCUAUGUAUUGUUUUUAUUGUAAGAAUGUUACAAUGCCAGAGCAGCAUCAAAUUGAGGACUCCCUGUUUUGUUUCUGUUGUAGAACAUGAUAUGUAACACAUAAAUCAUAAUGACGCUUAAAUAAGCCCUGAAUUAUGUCAAAUAUUUUACAUAUGUUUGGUCAAAACUUUCCAAUGCUGAAAAACUGAUUAUUUUGAUAGAAAUGCAAUGUAUGAGAGAAAUAGCAAAAAAUGCAGCAGAAAUUAUUUUGAAAAGAUUUGUCACAACCCAAAUCUUCAUACUGGUACAUAAUACUGUUUGUAUUUAUUUGAACCAAUAAAAUGUGAC